AUGGGAAAGCAGAACUAUGUUCUGUAUAGGAAGUUCAACCUGACAAUUAUUUCUGCGGCAAAUCUUCCAAAUGUCCGUACAUAUUUCAAACCCAAAAUGUAUGCCAAAGUUUCAUUCUGUGGUGACAAGAAGACUGAGCAGCGAACGCGGGCCGAAAAGCACGGCCAGUUGAAUCCAGCAUGGAAUUAUACAAUGAAAUACAAAAUUGACGAAUCGGGUAUUACGCACUCCGGCCUCCAACUGGUCAUCAAAUUGUACUGUAAAAGAACACUUGGGGAUCGAUAUGUCGGAGAGAUUCACACGUCCGUCGAAGAACUUUUUGAUUAUGCUUACAAAUCGGGAGGCAGUGCCACUUCAUCUCUCCCAAUCAUGAAGGGUUCUGCAGAAACAGGUGGGGUUUUGAAAUUUUCGUACAAAUUUGGGGAGAAAAUUCAGAAGAAAAAACCAGGUUUUGUGAAGAGAAUACUGCUUCCUGGAGCUUGUAUUUUGUUGCGGGUGGCAGGUGCAAUAACGCUUGGAGUGGUUAUACCAGUUUCUUUUGAUGCUAAACAUAAUAUUGUUCAUCCAGAUAAGUUAAACAAGAAGAAAUUAAAUGUCCUUAAAAAUCCUCAACAUAUUUGUUACUCAGUAUUACAUAUAUGUAGUAUAAGAUAA